CAGUGCGCUGCGCUUUCGGACUAUCUGUGCUCAGUUGCGCCAAGCAAAGCGUUUGUUCUCAAAAUGUCAACUGUCAAGGAGCAGCUUAUUGAGAAUCUAAUUGAGGAAGAUAAAACCUCCCAGAGUAAGAUCACCAUUAUUGGAACUGGCGCUGUAGGCAUGGCAUGUGCUAUUUGUAUCUUAUUGAAGGAUUUGGCUGAUGAACUCGCCCUUGUUGAUGUCGCAGUGGACAAACUGAAGGGAGAAAUGAUGGAUCUUCAGCAUGGCAGUCUUUUCUUUAAUACUUCAAAGAUUAUCUCUGGAAAAGAUUAUAGUGUAUCUGCAAACUCCAAAUUAGUUAUUGUCACAGCAGGUGCACGGCAGCAGGAGGGAGAAAGUCGCCUCGCCUUAGUCCAACGUAAUGUAAAUAUCAUGAAAUCAAUCAUUCCUGCCAUAGUCCAUCAUAGUCCUGACUGUAAGAUGCUUAUUGUUUCAAAUCCAGUGGAUGUUUUGACAUAUGUGGUCUGGAAGCUAAGUGGCUUACCUGCCACUCGUGUCAUUGGAAGCGGUUGUAAUCUAGAUUCUGCUCGUUUCCGUUACCUAAUUGGAGAGAAGUUGGGUGUCCAUCCCACAAGCUGCCAUGGUUGGAUUAUUGGAGAACAUGGUGAUUCUAGUGUGCCCUUAUGGAGUGGGGUGAAUGUUGCUGGUGUUGCUCUGAAGACUCUAGACCCUAAAUUAGGAACUGAUUCAGAAAAGGACCAGUGGAAAAAUAUCCAUAGACAAGUUGUUGAAAGCUAUGGUGAAUAAUGCUGCUGUGAACAUGAGUAUACAGAUAAUCUCUUCAAGACUCUGCUUUCAAUAAUUUGGGUAUAUACCCAGAAGUGGAAUUGCUGGACCAUAUGGUAAUUUUGUUUUUACUUUUUGGAGAAACCAUCAUACUCUUUUUCACAGCAGCUAUACCAUUUUACAUUCCCACCAACAGUGCACAAGGGUUCCAAUUUCUCCAAAUCGUUGCCAAGCGCUUGUUAUUUUGUUUGAUAGUAGCCAUCCUCGUGGGUGUGAGAUCGAAAUCUCAUUGCAGUUUUUUUUUUUUUGUGAGGAAGAUUGACCCUGCGCUAACAUCUGUGCCCAUCUUCCUCUGUUUUCUAUAUGGGAUGCCGCCACAGCAUGGCUUGAUGAGCGGUGCGUAGGUCUGUACCCGGGAUCUGAACCUGCAAAC